GCCCCGCCGCUGUCCGCCUCUCCUCAGCCUAGCGCCGAGCCGCAGCCGGAUUCUUGGACUGCAAUGAAAAGUAGAGAAACUAGGAGUAUUUUUUAAAGUUGUCAUUAGAUUUUUUUCAUGGAGUUAUUGCUGCCUUUUGAGCUGCCAAAUGGGGCCUGUUGCCUGAUUAUUCUCUGGAAGCCUUUGCAAAUUCUGGAGGUAGACCUGGGGCUCCUUUGCAGUCUUCCAUUUACGGUGCCUUCCUCAGCCUCCCCAGACUUCCUCAAGCAUUAAUUUAAGGGAGGUACAGUAAUUGUUAGGAAACUGCAAAGAAAGUGAACAAUACUAAUACUGCGCCUGUGGCAGUUUGUUGUAUUGUGGAACCUAUUGUCUGUGUUGAGAAGAUUGCAGAAGCAGGAGAAGAUUCGGUCACUGAGAGGCAUCCUUCAAGCAGCUGGAAAAUAUUACAGAAGGAACACCUCCCAAAUUUUACUUCAAGCUCUGAAAAAAGCACACAGGGGAAGCUUAGUCUUGCUUUGGAUGGAAACAAAUGCUUUCGGAGCGAUGAACUGGGACUUUGUGUGCGGACUUCUGGCUUGAUCUUGAUAGGAUUGAGUGUAUGUUGUUGGAACUGGCAGGCCGAGAGGCCCUGAAACCAGCAGGUGCCAUCUAUAUGGAGAAAAGCGGCUGUAGUCCAUUUCCAAUGUGUUGGGCUAAAGAAUAUGACAGAUACCUAGCAUCUAGCAAAAUAAUGGCAGCUGCUUACCUUGACCCAAACUUGAAUCAUACACCGAAUUCAAGUGCUAAGACUCACCUGGGUACUGGCAUGGAACGUUCCCCUGGUGCGAUGGAGCGAGUAUUAAAGGUCUUUCAUUAUUUUGAAAGCAAUAGUGAGCCAACCACCUGGGCCAGUAUUAUCAGGCAUGGAGAUGCAACUGAUGUCAGGGGCAUCAUUCAGAAGAUAGUGGACAGUCACAAAGUAAAGCACGUGGCCUGCUAUGGAUUCCGCCUCAGUCACCUGCGGUCAGAGGAGGUUCACUGGCUUCAUGUGGACAUGGGUGUCUCCAGUGUGAGGGAGAAGUAUGAGCUCGCCCACCCACCAGAGGAGUGGAAAUAUGAACUGAGAAUUCGUUAUUUGCCAAAAGGAUUUCUAAACCAGUUUACUGAAGACAAACCAACUCUGAAUUUCUUCUAUCAACAGGUGAAGAGUGACUACAUGUUAGAGAUUGCUGAUCAAGUGGACCAGGAAAUUGCUCUGAAGUUGGGUUGUCUUGAGAUAAGACGAUCAUACUGGGAGAUGCGGGGCAAUGCACUAGAAAAGAAGUCCAACUAUGAAGUAUUAGAAAAAGAUGUUGGUUUAAAGCGAUUUUUUCCUAAGAGUUUACUGGAUUCUGUCAAGGCCAAAACACUAAGAAAACUGAUCCAGCAAACAUUUAGACAGUUUGCCAACCUUAAUAGAGAAGAAAGUAUUCUGAAAUUCUUUGAAAUCCUCUCUCCAGUGUAUAGAUUUGACAAAGAAUGCUUCAAAUGUGCCCUUGGGUCAAGCUGGAUUAUUUCAGUGGAACUGGCUAUCGGCCCUGAAGAAGGCAUCAGUUACCUAACAGACAAAGGAUGCAAUCCCACCCAUUUGGCCGACUUCAACCAAGUACAGACCAUUCAGUAUUCAAACAGCGAAGACAAAGACAGAAAAGGAAUGCUGCAGCUCAAAAUAGCAGGUGCACCUGAGCCUCUGACAGUGACAGCACCGUCCCUAACCAUAGCGGAGAACAUGGCUGACCUGAUAGACGGAUACUGUCGACUGGUGAAUGGAGCCACGCAGUCCUUUAUCAUCAGACCUCAGAAAGAAGGCGAACGGGCUUUGCCAUCAAUUCCCAAGUUGGCCAACAGCGAAAAGCAGGGUGUCCGAACACAUGCUGUCUCCGUGUCAGGAGUCAGUCACUGCCAACAUAAAGUUAAGAAAGCUAGGCGCUUUCUCCCUUUGGUCUUCUGUUCCCAUGAACAACCUCCUACCGAUGAAAUUAGUGGGGACGAGACAGAUGAUUAUGCUGAGAUUAUAGAUGAAGAAGAUACGUACACCAUGCCCUCAAAAAGCUAUGGAAUAGAUGAAGCGAGGGAUUAUGAGAUUCAAAGAGAAAGAAUAGAACUUGGACGAUGUAUUGGAGAAGGCCAAUUUGGUGAUGUACAUCAGGGCGUAUAUAUGAGUCCAGAGAAUCCAGCUUUGGCAGUUGCAAUUAAAACAUGUAAAAACUGUACUUCGGACAGCGUGAGAGAGAAAUUCCUUCAAGAAGCCUUAACAAUGCGGCAGUUUGACCAUCCUCAUAUUGUGAAGCUGAUUGGAGUCAUCACAGAGAAUCCUGUCUGGAUAAUAAUGGAGCUAUGCACACUGGGAGAGCUGAGGUCAUUUUUACAAGUGAGGAAAUACAGCCUGGAUCUGGCAUCUCUGAUCCUGUAUGCCUAUCAGCUUAGUACAGCACUUGCAUAUCUGGAGAGCAAAAGAUUUGUACACAGGGACAUUGCUGCUCGGAAUGUCCUGGUGUCCUCAAAUGAUUGUGUAAAGUUGGGAGACUUUGGGUUAUCCCGAUACAUGGAAGACAGUACUUACUACAAAGCUUCCAAAGGAAAAUUGCCUAUUAAAUGGAUGGCUCCAGAGUCAAUCAAUUUUCGACGUUUUACCUCAGCUAGUGAUGUAUGGAUGUUUGGUGUAUGUAUGUGGGAGAUACUGAUGCAUGGUGUGAAGCCUUUUCAAGGAGUGAAGAACAAUGAUGUGAUCGGUCGAAUUGAAAAUGGGGAAAGAUUACCAAUGCCUCCAAAUUGUCCUCCUACCCUCUACAGCCUUAUGACGAAAUGCUGGGCCUAUGACCCCAGCAGACGGCCCAGGUUUACUGAACUUAAAGCUCAGCUCAGCACAAUCCUGGAGGAAGAGAAGGCCCAGCAAGAAGAACGGAUGAGGAUGGAGUCGAGAAGACAGGCCACUGUGUCCUGGGACUCUGGAGGAUCUGACGAAGCACCGCCCAAGCCCAGCAGACCUGGUUAUCCUAGUCCGAGGUCCAGUGAAGGAUUUUAUCCCAGUCCACAGCACAUGGUUCAGACCAAUCAUUACCAGGUCUCUGGCUACCCUGGUUCACAUGGAAUCACAGCUAUGGCUGGCAGCAUCUACCCAGGUCAGGCAUCUCUCUUGGACCAGACAGAGACAUGGAAUCAUAGAUCUCAAGAGACACCUAUGUGGCAGCCCAACGUGGAGGACUCAGCAGCCUUGGACCUGCGCGGGAUUGGUCAGGUAUUACCAACCCACCUGAUGGAAGAGCGGCUGAUCCGACAGCAGCAGGAAAUGGAGGAAGAUCAGCGCUGGCUGGAAAAAGAGGAGAGAUUUCUGAAACCUGAUGUGAGGCUCUCUCGAGGCAGCAUCGACAGGGAGGAUGGGAGUCUUCAGGGUCCGACUGGAAACCAACACAUCUACCAGCCUGUGGGUAAACCAGAUCCUGCAGCUCCACCAAAGAAACCACCACGCCCUGGAGCCCCUGGUCAUCUAGGCAGCCUUGCCAGCCUCAGCAGCCCUGGGGACAGCUACAAUGAGGGUGUCAAGCCGUGGAGGCUUCAGCCCCAGGAAAUCAGCCCCCCUCCUACUGCCAACUUGGACCGAUCCAAUGACAAGGUGUAUGAGAACGUGACAGGCCUGGUGAAAGCUGUCAUCGAGAUGUCCAGUAAAAUCCAGCCAGCUCCACCAGAGGAGUACGUUCCUAUGGUGAAGGAAGUUGGUUUGGCCCUGCGGACGUUAUUGGCCACCGUGGAUGAGACCAUUCCUGUCCUCCCAGCCAGCACGCACCGAGAGAUUGAGAUGGCACAGAAGCUGCUGAAUUCUGACUUGGGAGAGCUCAUCAACAAGAUGAAGUUGGCCCAGCAGUACGUCAUGACCAGCCUGCAGCAGGAGUACAAGAAGCAGAUGCUGACCGCUGCUCAUGCCCUGGCUGUGGAUGCCAAAAACCUGCUUGAUGUCAUUGACCAAGCAAGACUAAAAAUGCUUGGGCAGACAAGACCACACUGAGCAGCCCAAGGAGCGUGUCUUUGUACCCAUUGGAAAUGUUCUCUAGCCUUCCACCAGCAGUGAGGAAUUAACCCGUGUCCUCGGUCGCCAGCACUACAGCUCCAACUGAAUGACAGCUGGUUGAAAAUCUCUCUCAUACAAGUUUUGAUUUGGGUUCAUUUUCGUUCUCUUAAAAUCAUGAUGUUCAGAAAAGUCCAGGAUCCAAAAUGACAUUUUUCUAAGAAUGAAAAUUGUCCAUUAAGUUAAGCUUUUAAAAGACCAGGCAUGAUGGUGCAUCCGUAGUCCCAGCUACUGAGAAGGCUGAGGUAGAGGAAUUGAAAGUUGAAGUCCAGCCUGCUCAGAGACUGUCUCAAAAUGGAAAGAAAAAUAAACUUUUUUUAAAAGAAGCUUAUCAUGAAGAACAGUUGGUGUUAGCACUGGGGUGUGUUUUAAUGGAAAUGGCCUGGGGCCGUGCUAAUUCCUGACCUACCUUCGCUGCAUAUUGGAAGAAGAGAGCAUGUGUGAAGAAUCCCAGGAAACUGAAGAGGCAGAGAAUUGUUUUCCUGCCAUAGAGUUACCCAGACUGGGGCUUUUGUUUGUUAGAACACCCUUCCAUUGCAAUAUGCUAAUCCCAUUUACAAAGAAAGAAUAUAAAGCUAUAUUUUGAAGACUCAAGUUGUUUCAGAAAAAAAACUAUCACCCUUUCUGUCUCUCCUGACCUUUACUUUCUCGUGGAUAUCGAAAUACUGGGUUGGGAACUAGCUGUAGGACACAACUAAAACUCUUGUCUUUUUCACCAGAAUAAUGUGCCAGUUUUUUGUAGCAAUGUAAUUUCUCUUGGAAGCAGAAAUGCUUUGUACCAGAUCACCUCCAGACUGCAUUGAGCAGAACCAUCCCUGUUUUCCAUUUUUAUAUAAUUUAUAAAGAAAGAUUAAAGCCAUGUUGACUAUUUUACAGCCACUGGAGCUAACUAACCCUUCAUUGUGUCUGUCUUCCCAGGAGAGAAUUAAGAGGAACAGAGGGAUUUGGUUCUCUAGAUGUCCAUCCAUUCUGUUAGAUAAUUUUGAAAAAUACACCCUCCCUUUAGUUUGUUGGGGGAUAUAAAUUAUUCUCAGGAAGAAUAUAAUGAACUGUACAGUUACUUUGACCUAUUAAAAAGGUGUUAUCAGUAA